AUGACGGAACACCGUCGUCGCCACCGUAACAAUUCCACGGUUGGCACUUCGGGAAUCGUGGCCGUCCGCGGGAAUUCCCGUAUCGCCCCGUCCGACGACACCGAAGAGCAUCGCCCGGAUCCGCACAAGGAUCAUCCCCACACCACAAGGACGUGCCGGACCUCUCCAGCGUUCCGGAGUCCGAAUGCCCGUCGACGAUCGUCAAUGUGUGCCAAACUGUGGUGCGUCGGGGCGUUGACGUGUGCGUUGGUCGGUACACGGAAUCAUACUUUCUUGUGGACGAUACCAACGUUAUCCACAACAACGUUGUGGUGGUCCACAACGAGCAGACUGGACGGUGCGUGUGGUGGACUCCGAUUCCAAAGCUUGGCCUGUCGACUCGUGACGGAAACAACGGACAGUGAGGCGGUACCGCUAGUGGUAUCGGCACCGUCACACGAAAAGGAAGUACCGGUACAAAAAGCCUUUCCCGUUGGGUGGGAAUCCAACGUGUCGUCCCUCUGGCAACGAGAUCCGCCUGACGAGUCACCGAACCUACCCAUCUUGUCUGCUGACCCUCACCAUCCCCAGGAACCCGUCCCCCCGUCUGCCCCAUUGAACCCUGUCCUGACAACUCUCGUCGACCCACAACACGUCGAUGUCGAUACGCAUCACCAUAAUCCCACACCCGUACCUCCCUUUCGUCCCAACCAGGCGUGGGCACAGUACAAAGCAUGGCACAGUAUCGACGCCAUGCACGCCGACGGAUCCUGGAACGCAACGUCCACUCGGCAAUACGCCGUUGUCCCCUACUGGUGUCCGGAACGGGCCGGCAAUAUCCUGCACAACGCCCUCAACAGUGUCCUCUGGGCGGUCCUGCACAACCGCACCAUUCUGUGGCGGUACGUUACCAACAACGCCCAGCAAGUGCGCAACGCCGAAGAUCUCUGUCAAUCCAUACUCCCGCGCGCGGAAUGGAUGCCGACCUGGGACGUAACCCAACCGCGACUCGGACUCCCCGAACCCGUACCCGUACCGAACAUGGUCGACACCUACGCACACGAUCGAGCCCACCCGGUGGUACUCUUUCCACAACUCCCGGAUAUUGAAAAGGAGCGACCAGACAUUCGACGGGUGGACUGGGCCGACCAUCCCUGGCGACGAGAGACUUACAACGACCCCGCCUACAUCGAACAAACUCUCCCCCCACCGCAACGAGCAAUCGCCAGCGAUCUGGUCGCCGAAGGAGUGCCCUUUCUCAUGGGUAUGCUCUUGCGUGAAAUAUUCCGGUUCCCCUUGGACGUGACCGAAUUCCGACCUAACGUCGACGACGAACAACAACAACAACAAGCCGUCUCGGUCGCCUUGCACAGUCGCCACAUUGUCGACGCCGACGACGGCUCGUACGUGGCAGCCGAAAAAACCUGUCUCGCACAAAUGCUACCCACACUACCACGUUCCAACGGUACCGACCCCAUUGCCACCCCGUGUCGCGUCUAUCUCAUGUCGGACCGACCCUUGACCUUGUCCUUGUUGAGUGAUUGGUUACGGGAGCGCGGCUGUACGCCCAUCGUGGCCGCGCACGACGACGCAUCACCCAACGCCAUUGUGGAAGAACACGGUCCCUAUUCCGGCAAGGGAUUUAUCGAGGAUUUGACCGUGGCCAGUUUGGCACGUACCGGGACGGUAGGCAACCGACACCGCUCCUCGUACAUGUUGUUGGAGGAGCUGGUGGCGUACGAUCGCGUACACGAAGCCUGGAUCCAAGCCGGGCGGCCCGCCUCGUGGUCCGACCCGGCCGCCCCCGGGAAACCCGGGCCGUUGCAGUUUUGCGCCUUGCCGCACCAGGGAGUCCAAGGUUACGAUUACGGACCGGGAACGCCAAAUUUUGUCCGUCCCAUGUAUCUGGAACCACUCAUACCGGACGCCACCGUGGAUACUUACGUGACGCAACACUCCGCGACGGCUCUGCACGCCGAAUCUUUGGAAACCCUCAAGACGCGACGGUACGCCGUCGCGCACUACUCGUGCCCCGUGGAAGCCGGAACGCGACUCCACCAUUUCAUGAACGCUGUGGUGUGGUCCAUCGCCAGUAAUCGCACGCUCCUUUGGAAGUACAACGACGACCGGAAUAGUGUCCGAGACUGCCAAAAAAUAUUGGGAAGACUGAGCUGGCUGCCGGCUUACAAUGAGUGGGCCCCCAAGCUGCAGUUGCCGCCGCCCGUGGACCUGCUUGUGGGAUCUACCGAAACGGCAACGAGCGUAAUACCAAAGUCCCCUACCAAUUUUUCGUGGGAGGAAGCGUCACAGUUGGAAGAUUUUUCGGUGGUAGUCUUUCCCAGUCUGACUGGGAGAAUUCCACGCGAUUGGGCACCGUACCGGACCUUGCUGGCAACCUCCACACAACAAAGCACCUUGGAUCGUCUCUACGAUCUCGGAGCCGAUGUUUUGUACGGAACAGUGUUGUACAAAUCCUUUCAGUACAGCCGAAUAGUGAGAAUGGCAGCCUUCAACAUUCCUAAAGACACCCCCGGGGCGGUCUCGAUCGCCUUGCACCGCAGACACCGGGUUGGUGAACCAGUCGACGAUGUCGCUACGAAAGAAGUUGCCUGUUUGGACCAAAUGAUACCACGCAACAGCAGUGACCUGGUCAGCUGUCGGGUAAUGGUGGCGUCCGACCAAACCGAAACUGCCCAGAACGUGCAAGCAUGGCUCUCCGUCCAUCGUCCCGGAUGCACGAUUGUUGUACCGCCCCUGCCUGAAGAUGGUAUGGCCGUAUCUCCAGCUCAGUAUUUUUUCCAAGCCAUGAAUGUGUUAGCCAGCCGAGUGACAUCCGGUUUCAUCGGUCAUGGCCAACAUCCGCUUUCGCAUUUGGUCCGGGAACAACUGGAGUACCGUAGACACCAUAACAUUUGGGCGGCUGGACGCGUACCACCGGUUUUUGGCGAAUUGCCCACGUGCGAUUUGGAUACAAUUGGCCGGACGGACCCGAUAACAACAGCCUAA